AUGGCUGCAAAAAUGGUCCGAAUCCUAUACCAAGGCAACGACGAGAUCCCAACCCACAUCAUCUGCCAAGUCUCCACCCGUGAUGCAGAACGAGAAGCCGCCCUAGCCAUCAAGUUCAAAAAGCCCACCACCGUAGGAAGAAGACUAGGACGAACCACCACAACAACAACCUCAACAACAACAACAACAACAACAGCAGCAGCAGCAGAUAGGAGUCAGAGGCGGAGGGGGCAUGGGUAUAGUUUGGCCUCGGGGUUGACGGUUGAGAAGUUGGAUAGUUUGGCAGCUAGGGCUAAAGGUGUGAAGGAGGAUCAGGAGCGGACGGCGGCUUUGCAGGAUGUUUUCUUGCCUAGUACUUCGUUUGGUGCUACUGGAGCCGUCGCAGCUGGAGCCGGUGUCAGUAAUACAGUUAUACCCCAGUCAUCUUCGUCAUCCACAACGGCCAAGUCUACGACGACAGCAACAGCAACAACAACAACAGCGACGACGGCAACGGCAACGGCAAUGGUGUCAGGAAGCGCUACAGCCAAGAUCGGAUCUAUGAUGGGAACAUCACUAGCAGGGACCAUCAAGGACGAAGACGGCGAUGUAGAGAUGGAGGAUCCCACGGUGAGACAUACGCGUGGGCGAGAGGUCUUUGGAUUCCAGACGCAACGCAAGCCCACAGGACUCAAGAAUUUGAUCGAACAACAAAAGAAUCUCGCCAUCAACACGACCACAGCACCAACAACAGCGAAGGGAAAGGCGACAAGAGGAUCAAAGGCCAACAAAGUCGAGGAGGAGAAGAAGGAAGAGGAGGUAGGGGACGAGGGGCUGUCGGCUGAGCGAUCUGCCAAGCGGCGGCGGGUCACCAAGGCCAUGUCUAUGAUGAACCAUGACGGCUCUGAUGUCUCUGAAGAUUCGGAUCAGGAACAGGAAGACGAGGAAGAGAGUGAGUCUGAUGAUGAGCUGCACCAACAUAGGAAGAACGACAGUAUGCUAGAGGAGACUGCAAGGGAUGCCACCGAGGCAGCGGGGGAGCAAAAGUCGUACUUUGAGGAGGACGAAAUGGGCGCCGAGCGAUACUUCCUGGACCUUUAUCAGAAAUCCAAAACUUCCAACAAUACCCUCUCUAAACUGCCGACCCUCGAGCAUGCCGAUUUCAUCCAGGCCAUCAAACGUGCACCCGCCAAACAUGCCCAGGAGAUUGAGAUGCUGAGACUGUUGUAUGAGGAACAGUUCUCGCAGUGGUUCUUUGAGCUCGUCUCGGGGUUCAACCUCCUCAUUUACGGAUACGGAUCGAAACGGCAGCUUCUGACACAGUUUGCUACGACCAUGUUGACUGAUGCACCCUUGAUCAUCAUCAACGGGUACUUCCCGACCGUCACCAUCAAGGAGAUCCUCGACAAAAUCAGCUCUACAGCCCUCAACUACUCGGGCCCGACCGGAUCCCUCCAGGAACAAGUCGCAUUCAUCCGCGCCUAUUUCGCACAGCCGGAGCGGGAUAUCCAAAAACUCUACCUCCUCAUCCACAACAUUGACGGAUCAGGACUCCGCGCCGAAAAGACCCAAUCCGCCCUUUCGCUCCUCGCCUCCUGUCCACACAUCCACCUCAUCGCCUCGAUCGACCACAUCAACGCCAACAUCCUCUGGGACACUGUCAAAUCUGCACGGUUCAAUUGGGUCUGGCAUGAACUGACGACCUUCAGGCCUUAUUUGACCGAAACCAGUUUCGAAAACUCGAUCAUGGUCCGACAGGGCGAACUCGGCGCGCGUGGUAUCCAGUUUGUCCUGGCCAGUUUAACCUCCAACGGGAAGGGACUUUUCAGGGUCCUGGCCGAGCACCAGAUCCAAUCCGAGACCAACCCCGACGACAACAAUGGAGGCGCAUCCAGUGGAGGAGCCAAGAACUACAUGGAUCUGGGGAUGGCCUAUAACGCACUAUUCAAGAAGUGCCAGGAGAACUUCUUGGUCAGUAACGCGGUCACCUUCCGGACACAACUCACAGAGUUCAGAGACCACCGGAUCGUCCAGUCCAAGAAGGGUCCUGAUGGAGUCGAGAUCUUAUUUAUUCCGCUCUCGGCCAGUGUCCUCGAGGGGAUCCUCGACAACAUGGCUUAA